GAUUUGUCUUAUUGGUCCGUGCAGAAGUGGGGUAGUGGGACUACACCGCCUCAGGUGGCGGUGUAAAUUUGAUUACGUACUGACAGAACCGCUCUUACCGUACCAUACUGUACGGUAAGGUGCCUACCUAAGGCAUCCAUAGCACAUUGAACAUCACCAGAAAAGAGUUAAGCAUCACCAAUGGACUAACAAUAGCACUCACAAAGCACAAAGAACAUGCCUGCCAAACCCCCCUCCCUCACUGACUUUCCCUCCAACCUCACUCUAACUAUCACUCCACCACCACCAACAAUCUCCAGCUCCAACUCAAACUCACCCCCAAACAUCCUCCUCCUCCUUCACGGCCUAGGCGACUCCGCACCCGCAUUCACAUCUCUCGCCCGCGCCCUCAAUCUCCCCGAAACAACCAUCCUGACCAUCCAAGCCCCGACCUCCCUCCCCUUCGACCUCCACGGCUUCCACUGGGGCGACGAUGUCGCCUUCGACUCCUCCACCGGCGCCCUGGACAUGGACGCCGGCUUCCAGCGGAGUCUGAAGCUGCUCAUUGACGAGGUCAUUCGCGGCGUCCUGCUGCGGAAAUGCGGGUAUCAGCUGCGUGAGGUCAUGGUUUUGGGGCUGGGUCAGGGUGGGAUGCUUGGGUUGGUGGUUGCGAGGGAGUUGGAAUCAUCUUCUGCUGCUGGCUCAAACGAAACAGGCUCCCUGGCCGGUGUUAUUUCGAUCGGGGCACCGUUUCCCUUGUCCGGUCGGAGAGGAGGUGCUAAAUGCCGAUCGCCUGUUUUGAUUCUUGCUGGGAGGGAUUCGCUGGUUGUUUCCGAUGAGGCAGUGCGGAGGACGAAGGGCGUCUUUGAGUUUGUCGAGGUUCAUCGGUAUGCGAGGAAGGGGGACGGUAUGCCUCGCAAUAGGGAUGAGAUGUUACCUGUCAUGCAGUUCUUUGCGAGGCGGUUGAGGAGUCAUCAGGGCGUGCCUGAGGGGAGUAUUGAGAUUACAUGAAAGUCAAUUCCUGGGAAUAAAAAAAUUGUACUUCUACAGCCAUCGCUAAAUAAUUCAUAUACACUUUGCCAUCCU